AUGGUUAAUGAUGCAUUUCAUGAAACUACUGCUGCAUUUGCUGAGAAUAAUAAGGAAGAACCCAACGUAGAUGCACAACGUUUUAAUGCUAUAUUAGAUGCUGCAAAUCAACCUAUCUAUGAUGGAUGUAGAGAAGGGCAUUCUAAGUUAUCAUUGGCAUCUAGGAUGAUGACAAUGAAAGCUGAUAAUAACUUAAGUGAGAAUUGCAUGGAUUCUUGGGCUGAACUCAUUAAAGAGUAUUUGCCAGCUGAUAAUGUAUCGGCUGAGAACUACUAUGAAAUACAGAUGUUGGUUGCGAGUCUUGGAUUACCAUCUGAAAUUAUUGAUGUGUGCGUUGACUAUGGCAGGAAUGUCGGUUUUACGGGAAGCCGAGAUAUCAGCCUACUCAAGGAAGGACGCGAGUGCCAUAUAAACAUAUGUGGUCCAAAGCAGCUGAAGCAAGCUCUAGAUAUCUUCUUGCAACCUCUGAUUCAUGAGCUGAAGCAUCUGUGGUAUGAAGGUGUUCAGACGUUCAAUUCGUCGCGAAAACAGAAUUUCAAUAUGCAGGCAGCGCUAAUGUGGACGAUUAGUGACUUCCCUGCGUACGGAAUGUUAUCUGGGUGGACAACACACAGAAGAUUAUCAUGUCCUUAUUGUAUGGAUCGUACCGAGGCAUUUCAAUUAAAGUAUGGGCGAAAACCUUGGUUGUUUGAUUGUCAUCGUCGGUUUCUUCCCUUGCAUCAUCCGUACCGGAAGAUCAAGAAGUUGUUUAGAAAGAAUAAAGUUGUAUAUGUUUCUCCACCAACUUAUGUCUCUGGAAAUGAUUUGUUUGAGCAGAUUGAUUACUAUGGCGCUCAAGAAACAUGUAAAUGUGGGGGUAACUAUCACACACCAGCAAACAUGCCAGAAGGAUAUGGAGCUGAUCACAAUUGGCACAAGAAGAGUAUUUUUUGGGAGCUUCCAUAUUGGAAAGAUCUUCUAUUGCGGCACAACCUUGACAUGAUGUACAUCGAGAACAAACUUUUUCGAUAA